GUUUACAGAGAGGCGUAAUUGAUGAAUCUGCUCGUUCAAUGCAGUGAAAAAAACUGCAAGUAGUGAUAAAGUAUAUACGAGAAGAAGUAAAGGUUAUGAAGGGUUAUACAGAGGCACAGGCUUAUCGAGAUGGUGGUGCAUUUCUUUAUUUGUGGGAGAGUUGGCAGCGAUGUGGGGAGGGGUUGAGGCUUCAGUAUAAGGAGAUUGAUAUUGAGCGUGGAGUUGUGUGUCCUGUGUACACGAAGACCAACUGGCAAGGCAGAAGGUUUAUGAUACAGUUGCGUGAUCCAAGAAGUGAGGAGGAGACGUUUCUGGGAUGGUUGCCAGAGAUGAUGGCUAGUUAUGAGCGUGUGGGCCAGGAUUUGCGAAGUGGUUAUCUGUUCGGACCGGUGCGCGGGGAUGGACCAAUGAGUGGGGGGGGAUUUAAUAAGCGGAUAGAGAAGUGGUUUGAAGCAGUUGGGGUGUUUGAGGGGGAGAGUGGUCAUAGUUUUCGGAUAGGUGAGGUGCAAGCGGGAAUAGAGGAAGGCUGGAGUUUGGGAGAGAUGAUGCGACAGAGCACGUGGAGUCAGGUGGGUACCUUUAUGCGUUAUGGGUAUAGGAUAAAGCGGGGGUGGAAGCGGAAGAGUGAGGGACAAUUAAGGGAGGACGAAGAUUGUCGUCAAGCCAAGGACUUCAAGGUUGGGGCGAGGCUGCUGACGGGGGGGCUGGGGAGGCAAGAGAAAGGGGAGGUGGCGAUAGUGAAUCGAUCAAUAAUGUUGAGCUCGAGGAUACGGGGAUACCAGGAGGUCUUCUUGGAGUCGGGUAAGAUGAGGAGGUUGAAUAGUGAAAAGAAGAUCGGAGAUGUCGUGGGCGAGGGGGUUCAGACAAUCGAUGAUCUUGGCUUGAGAGAAGGCGGGGGGAAGUACAGGAAGGACAACGUAGACCUCAGCUCCGAUGACAGACUGGGGGCCAGAGGCAACUAGAAAAGUUUUCAACCAGUGAUCCAUCUGCACAGUAAAAUAUUUUAAAAUUA